GCUAAUCUAGAACUUUUACCAUAGAAAACAUAAUCUGAGAGCCAAGAAAUCAACUGAAAACUCCUCAAAAUGAAAAAUAUGUUGACCUUGAGAUCCCAAUUCUGCAUCCCAAAGUGCACUAAUCUUACCAACUCUACCGCAUUUCGUCCAACUCUCAUCCCCAUCUCAUACCGAAAGCACCCAACACCGACUAAUUACUUACCUUCUAAAACAAUCCCCAUCAAGAGACAAACUCUAAAUCUCACCAAGUCAAAUGAUGUCUUGAACAAGACAACUUUGAUCCGAGAACUCAAUCCCAAAUCCCAAAAUCACUUGUCAUCAAAUAAUUUUUCCACAAAUGUUGGGAUUGAGUCGUGUCCAAGGUGUCUGAUAGUCGGAGCGGUUUCCGUAGGAUUUGUGCUGCUCCUGAUGGGGGUGAAUGACCAAAAGGCGUUGGCUUUUGGGCCUGAAGGGCCACUUGUGGAAGAGUUUUGGGACAACGUGAGGAGAUAUGCACUUUACGCUCUCACAGUCAGUACAGGUGCUCUUUACACUGUAUUCCAGCCUAUAUAUGAGUUGCUGAAGAACCCCAUUUCUGCAAUUCUCAUUCUGGUCAUCUUGGGGGGCGGAAUCUUCAUCGUCUCGCAAGUCGUUUCAGCCAUGAUCUUUCUUACUAGAAAGACCGGUUGGCAAUUUUCUUACAGGGCACACCAAUAAGAACUUUCUGACCGGACUCAGGUUUCUUACCGCUCCCACCAGUCAGAACGGAAAGAAAUGACAGACGUGAGUUUCUUCGAUUUUACAGAUUACUCAACUCCGAAGAGGCCAUGAAAUAGCAUGAUUCUCGUUGGUUUUUCAAAUAAAAUAUCAAACUACGAUUACCCAGCAUUCAAACAAUGAAUUAAGCAUAAAAAAUACAAGAUUUGAGAGAAUAAUGCUCGGACUGUUAAUCACCAUGGAUGCUGGCGAUUGUCGACGUCGGUAGGGGCAUUCUCCGGCGGUGAAAGGCAGCGCCGCCGGUGAACUUUGGCCGGCAAC